AUGAAGCUACUUCUUGGGCUUAUUUCGGUGAUUUCCGCGUCGCAGAUGAUGCUGGUUUGGAACUGCCCAAAUAGUGAUGGGCCUUCUGGCUCGUUUCUUGAAACGCUUCCGGACUGUCCCGGAGCAGUGCACGUGACCGUCCCUAUUACAAUGGGUGAGUUGAAUAAGCUCUCCGCUGCUCAACUCUCUGGCAAAACGCCUUCUCUCUACUUCUUGAAAUCGACGCCCGAAGAAACAACGGAGAUCGCCAAUAUCAAUGAGGCCGACUCUUUUAUCGUCGAUCGACUAUCAAGUGGUCAACCCAUCAUUCUUCUGGGCAAGGCUUUCAAGACGAACAAUAAAGCGGAACUUUCAUCUUCUGAUGAUUCGUCCGUCGCCGCUGAUCGAAAAAUUCUUCAGGCCUCUACCACUAACUCUGGUUGGAUCAAUUAUCCCGAGAAAGCGUUUGACGAUGACUGUGGCGCCAUCAAAAUUGGCCCUACUGUUCAAGUUUACACCGGCGAGGAGUUCAACAACAACGAUAUCAAGACCUACACUGUGGAAAGUGACACAAGCAAGUGGUCUUGCGACAAGACGUCCAUGACUAGGGAAACUCGAUGA